GAAUUUUUGUUGCCAAAAAGCAAUCCCUGGAGGUUCUUGAAUUUUUGCUCCCAUCAUACAGAGUUAAGAUUACCCAGUGCAAUUCGAAGGGCUUGAAUAUUCAUAUUUCAAUUGAAUAAUUUAUGCAUUUACUGAAGUCAAUGUUGCGAUACCCAAUAAAUUAAUUAUGAUGGACGGAGAUGAUCCUGAGGAAGAUGUCGUCAUAGAGGGUAGUGAACUUUAUAUCGCCCUGAAACGAAUCGGAGUUCCAGAAUUCGAAUGCACAUUUGUAAAUAGAACGCGAUUUCCUGACGAUUGGCAACACCUUGAUGAUUCCAAAAGUCAGAGGCGAAUAUAUAAUUGCUCUCGUCUUUUGAAUGCAUUCCAGUGCAUCAGAAAUUAUUUUUUUCGUAAAUCCGAAGAUAGAGAAAUAUUGAACGGAACUGAAGAGCUGAAGAUAAUCCUGCAAUUACAACCUCUCCUGGACGAUCAUUCAUCAUGUAUUCAGGAAAUUUUGAAAAGUCGUGAGGAUUCAGAAUUUUCGAACACCCCCAGCUGGAGGAUCCUCUCAGGAUCACUGAUGCUCGCUGGAUUGCUCCUCUCCCCAGAUCUGCGAGUCCCUGGAUUCAUCACAGCAUUUUCCCUCUCGACCCUGACAGUCUACCAAAAAUAUUCAGAGAGAUCAUUCCUCCGAAACCUGAAGAAUCUCGUAUCAACCGAGAAUAAUCUCUUCCACCUACAGAAGAAAUCCCUAAAGAUUCUGCGGAACGGAUACGGAAUGACACUAGACUCGAAUCCUUCUCGUAGAAAAUUCACAGAAUUAGAACUCAAUAGACUCCAGCACCUGCAGCCGCUCUGCGAGGACUUGUGCAGAUGCAUCGAGCAUUGCUCCAGGACAUUCUACAAAACGUCUCACUCGGUGAUUGACCUUUCGCCCAUUCCUCUGGACUCAACGAGAUUAAUAAACAUACUGGAAGAUGAUAGCCUUAAAAUUCAGGGGGAGAUAACGUCCAAAAAAUUGGAGCAAUUUUAUUACACGUACAUUCUCACGCAGUCCGAUAUGAUGAAUGUCUUAUCAGUGGUUCUCAGUGGCUUGACCAAUCGGGGAAUGAAACUCAAACUAUCCCGAAUCAUCAUCAACCUUCAAAGGACGUUAAAACAUCACGAGGAGAAAUUGUCUUCUGUAAUAAAAAAGUACCAGUCAUCGAAAACAGUCACCAUUCCUAGGAGAAAAAAGAGAACGGAGAGCCUGAAGUAUCGAGAACUCUACAUGCACGUGGAUUUACUCUCGAGGAAGCUUCAGACCGCCUACGCCACUGUCUCCUCGAUUCUGGAGGAUAUCGACAAUAUUUCUACUGACGAAACCCCAAAUUCCGUUGAUUCAUUAGUCUUGAGAAUGAAUGAGGCGUACAAGCAAUUGGAUACAGCUCGAGAUUUCGCAGAGUUCAAUAUUCUGGUCAUGAAAAAACUGCAGAAUAAUCGAGAACCUCAAAUUCCUCAUGGAGAACCUGAAGAGUCAGAGGAGAGAAAGCAACUGCCAGUGAUUUUUGAUGCUGAUCCACAGGUGAUGGAUGAGUGUUUCGAGGAAUACAUCAGAGAGGAGUACUUGAAACCACUCUGUCAGGACGACGAUGGCGAUGUGGAGAGAGCUAAGAUGGAUAAACUUCUGGAGAGGAACUUUAUGAGAGAACUGAAGGGGGUCCUCGUGGAUAAAUACAGGAGUAUGUCUGAGAGAGAGGCAAAGGCUUUACUGAGGUAUAGAAAAGACUUACGUCAAGAUAAAUUUUGUGAGGCAAUUCCUGUGCCACCUCCAUUGCCUAGAGCAGAUGAGGUGAGACAUCGACUGCCUGUUCCACUGCCUCGAAGGGUCAAGGCGGGAUUAGGUCCUGAGAGAGAUGCUAUCGGAGACAUGGAGCCUCAGGAAAGGCUCUCCAUCAGGAUGGCUAUUGGAGAAAGGGUAGCUUUCACUGUUGAUGAAGAGACAUUCGUUGGCAGUGGAGAGAAUUCCGAGGAGGAAUUAGCAGGGAGUGGCUGUGAAGAUGAUGAGAUCAUUGAAUAAAUUUAUUUACUAAAAAAUAUUUAUCGUGAAGUCUUUCCUGUUGUCAAAUCAGCAAAAAAAUUGUUUAUUGAUUUGAAGAAUUAUCCUUUUCCCGCGUGGUCGUCACAU